AUGCUAUUGUGUAAAUUUUAUCCUUCUCGAGUUCCAUUAUUCGCCGUUUUCCACGCAAUAUUUUGGUUGCCCAUGAUUUCAUUCGGAAUCUAUUCACCGGAAAAAUACAUGAUUAUGUGUUUUCUGGGUUCAUAUGGAGUAAUGACAAUUAUAAGUCAAUGGUUCUGGUGCUUCAUGAUGAUAAAUAAACUCAAACAGAAAUCCCAGUCCGGAAUUCGUCCAUGUAUAUGCAUCUUCGUUGGAUUGGUUUAUACGAUAUCAGGAAUUUGCAUUGUUCUGUUAUCAUUCUUCAAUAUGAAAGAUACUAAUCAACUACAUUUCCAUUUGACGUUGAUUAAUUUUAUUUGCCAUGUGGUCGCUAUUCCAUUGAGUUCUUUACUUAUCGUUGGUAAUUUUCGUCUAUGGAAAUGCUUUCUACUUGCUAGAAUUAUUGUUUCGCUUCAAAUGAUCAUCGGAUCUUUUUCUUUUGUUUAUUUUAAUCGAGCUGGUCUACUAGUAUUGCAGGCGGAAAACCUGUUUUACAUCAAGGAAAACGAACCGGGUUACAAGGAAUUCAAUCAAUGUGCAAUCAGCGAAUGGUUCGUGAUAUUGGGAUUAAUAGAAGUCACUUUGAUAACUGGCUUAGAAUUAAGAACUUAUGAAAACCGGUAUGAAGAAAUCAAUAAAACCGUGUGAACAUACGGGGAAUAACUUUUCCCCAUUUUAAAUAUUUCUCAAACCAAAUUGUACUUAUCUGUAUAUUAUUUUACGAGGAUUUGUGUUUUCAUGUGUGUAAAUGAACUAACUCACAUGUACAUAUUCGUCAUGUGUUUGCGUCAGAAGACUUUCAUUAAUGAAGUUGUGAGAAUUUGAGGUUAUAAUUACUACUUUGUUAGUUUACUAUGUUGUUCCCAUUAAAUUUAUUUACAAUUUCUUUUCAUUAUUGUCCGAAAUGUAAAACGUUUGUAUAUUGAAUAGAAUAUCA